AAAUCCCCAAAAUUGGAAAAAAUAAACCCUCGAUUGAUUGUGUUGUGCCAAGGGGGAGCCUCUGCUAGACCUCAUUAGCUCCUAUUCGGGUUCCUCUGACUAAUCUGGAGGUGAGAGUGAUUAGUAAAUCAAUAAGAAGGAAAUGGCGAUGGCGUCAUCAUCGAGAAAUGGUGGGACGAGAGGAGGAUCCAUGAGACCAACAAACUCGGGAGCUAAUCCAUCAAAUCUGAGAUCGUCUUCGUUCAAAUCAAGGAUUCCUUCUUCCGCUCCAGCUCCCCGUCGCAGCUCUUCUGCUUCUCUCGGUGGAGGAGGAGCAGGAGACAACGGAGUGCCAGGGAGAGUGCGAGUGGCAGUGAGAUUAAGGCCACGGAAUGCAGAUGAGUGCGUGGCGGAUGCAGAUUUUGCGGAUUGCGUGGAGUUGCAAGCAGAGGUUAAAAGGUUGAAACUGAGGAAAAACAAUUGGGAUACUGAGACUUACGAGUUUGAUGAGGUCCUUACCGAAUCUGCUUCCCAGAAGCGCGUCUACCAAGUCGUUGCCAAGCCUGUUGUUGAGAGUGUUCUUGAGGGUUACAAUGGAACCGUCAUGGCUUAUGGUCAGACUGGUACUGGUAAGACUUUCACCCUUGGUAGAUUAGGUGAUGAAGAUACCGCUGCUCGUGGUAUCAUGGUUCGUUCUAUGGAAGAUAUCAUUUCUGGCACCUCUCUUGACACUGAUUCUAUCUCUGUCUCCUAUCUCCAGCUUUACAUGGAGACCAUCCAAGAUCUUCUUGACCCUAGUAACGACAAUAUUGCUAUUGUCGAGGACCCCAAAACUGGAGAUGUCUCCCUCCCUGGUGCCACUCAUGUUGAGAUCAGGAACCAGCAAAACUUCCUCGAGCUCCUUCAUCUUGGGGAAACCCAUCGAGUUGCUGCCAACACUAAAUUGAAUACUGAAUCUUCUCGAAGUCAUGCCAUUCUCAUGGUUCAUGUCAAGAGGUCGGUGGUGGAACACGAGGAUUCCGUCUCUAAUGAUAACGACAACUCAUCUCACUUUGUCAGACCGUCAAAGCCGCUUAUCAGAAGAAGCAAGCUUGUUCUUGUAGAUCUUGCCGGUUCUGAACGUGUUCACAAGUCUGGCAGUGAAGGGCACAUGCUGGAGGAAGCUAAAUCCAUUAAUCUCUCUCUUAGUGCUUUAGGGAAAUGCAUUAAUGCAAUCGCUGAGAAUAGCCCUCAUGUUCCCCUUCGUGAUUCUAAACUUACUCGCUUGUUGAGAGAUUCAUUUGGUGGCACCGCAAGAACAUCCCUUAUUGUGACAAUUGGUCCGUCUCCGCGUCAUAGAGGAGAGACAACAAGUACUAUAUUAUUUGGUCAAAGGGCAAUGAAGGUAGAGAAUAUGUUAAAGAUAAAGGAAGAAUUUGAUUACAAGAGUUUGUCCAAGAAGCUUGAGGUCCAACUUGACAAGGUGAUUGCCGAAAAUGAGAGGCAGCUGAAAGCAUUUGAUGAUGAUGUGGAGAGAAUAAAUCAACAAGCACAGAACCGUAUAUUAGAGGUCGAAAAGAGCUUUGCAGAGGCCUUGGAGAAGGAAAAACUAAAGUGUCAAAUGGAAUAUAUGGAGUCAGUUAAGAAGCUUGAAGAAAAACUGAUCUCGAACCAGCGGGAGAAUGGUAGACGCAAUGGAGAGGUCAAUGGGGUUGUUACCACUGGUGAACUCGCUAAGCUAAAAGAAUCACUUGAGGAAGAAAUAAAGUUAAGGAAGGCAGCUGAAGAGGAAGUUAGCAAACUAAAAAGCCAGUCAACACUGAAGACAAGAUCAGGGGAAGGCGAAGAUGCUGGAAUAUCAAGAUUACAAAAGCUGCUGGAGGAUGAGGCUCUUCAGAAAAAGAAACUUGAAGAAGAGGUCACUAUUUUACGAAGUCAGCUUGUGCAGCUUACUUUUGAAGCUGACCAGAUGAGAAGAUGCUUGGACAGAGGUGCACCGGGGAAUUCAUACUCUGACACGGAUUCAUUACCAUCACGUCAUUCCCAAGCAAGAGAAUCUGUGAACGGACAGAAGGCACCAUUUGCUACACUAUGUGAACAAGUGGGUCUACAAAAGAUCUUGCAAUUGCUCGAGUCAGAUGAUGCAAACAUCAGAAUUCAUGCUGUGAAAGUUGUGGCCAACCUAGCAGCUGAAGAGGCAAAUCAGGAAAAGAUCGUUGAAGCUGGAGGUCUUGGCUCAUUGCUGAUGCUUCUCAGGAGUUACGAAGAUGAAACUGUACGAAGAGUUGCGGCUGGUGCAAUUGCGAAUCUCGCAAUGAACGAAGUGAGCCAACAACUGAUUGUGGACCAAGGAGGAAUCAGCUUGCUAUCGUUAACAGCUGCAGAUGCAGAGGAUCCGCAGACCUUACGAAUGGUUGCUGGAGCUAUUGCCAAUCUCUGUGGCAACGACAAACUUCAAGCAAGACUAUGGUCGGAUGGUGGAAUAAAAGCGUUGUUAGGAAUGGUUAGAUGUGGACAUCCGGAUGUUCUUGCUCAGGUGGCUCGCGGAAUUGCCAAUUUUGCAAAGUGUGAAUCCAGAGCAACCACGCAAGGUGUGAAGAGUGGGAGAUCACUGCUAAUAGAAGAUGGAGCUCUUCCCUGGAUAGUACAGCACGCUAACGAUGAAGCUGCACCAAUCAGGCGCCACAUAGAACUCGCUUUAUGCCAUUUGGCCCAGCAUGAGGUGAAUGCGAAGGAGAUGAUAAGCGGAGGAGCGUUGUGGGAACUGGUGAGAAUAUCGAAGGAAUGCUCAAGAGAAGACAUUCGGAGUUUGGCUCAUCGUACUCUCUCUUCCAGUCCCGUCUUCCGCUCUGAGAUUCGCCGCUUAGGCAUCCACUUCUGAUUUCUCGCAAUUAUGUAUGUAAUCUUGUAACUUUUUUAUAAAACUAUCCAUCACCAACAACAUUCUCUAUUCAUUCAAUUUUUGUACUAACCUUCUGCAUCUCUAUUUAGCUUUAAUAUUCGCUUUUAUGUUGUAAGACCAUGUUUGUGUGAUACAUCCAAACCUCAAAAAAUAAAUUAAAGAAGAUUUGUUUUAAGACUUA